AUGGAGAACUACGACAAGCAAAAAGACUCUCCCAUGCACAUCCCACAAAUGCGUCCCCAGCACUCGCCAUCAUCCUCCCGGCCGGCUUCUGACGAAGUUACUUUCUCCCAUGACGAUGUUCCUCUUCGCAACAACGACACUAGCAACCAAAAUACAACUGGGAAUGUGGAACCAUACUACUUCCACGCUGAACAUGGCCCCCCUAUCGAUAAUGUGUUGAAAUAUGAUGAAGCCGAAGAAGACUAUCAACACCACAAGGACCUAUGGUGGAGCAGAGUCCGGCACUACAUGCGCGACCCCUUUGCAGAGUUCAUGGGCACUCUUAUCAUGAUCCUCUUCGGUGAUGGUAGUGUUGCACAGGUCACGUUGAGUGCGAAUCCAAAUUUACCCCAGAGCAGUCAAAAUAAAGGUGACUAUCAGUCGAUUUCUUGGGGAUGGGGCAUCGGCGUCAUGCUCGGAGUCUACGUGGCCGGCUGUGCAGGCGGCCACCUGAACCCGGCCAUCACCUUCGUGAACUGCUUGUACCGCAAAUUCCCCUGGUGGAAAUUCCCCAUCUACGCCUGUGCCCAGGUCAUGGGCUGCUUCUGCGGCGCCGCCAUCAUCUAUGGCAACUACAAAUCCGCUAUCGAUCAAUACGAAGGCGGUGCAGGUAUUCGUACGGUGCCAGGCUACUCUGACACAGCCACCGCUGGCGUCUUCUGCACCUAUCCACAACCUUUCCUGACCAAGACUGGCCAGGUGUUUUCUGAGAUCAUCGCCAGUUCCGUCUUGGUCUUCAUCAUUUUUGCCAUGAAGGACGAUGCGAACCUCGGUGCUGGCAACUUGAUUCCCCUGGGUUUAUUCUUUCUCAUCUUUGGAAUCGGUGCGACUCUCGGUUGGGAGACCGGAUAUGCCAUCAACUUGGCUCGUGACUUUGGCCCUCGCCUGUUCACUUAUAUGGUCGGAUACGGCCCACACGUCUGGGCCGCCGGGGAUUAUUAUUUCUGGGUGCCCACGAUAUGCCCUUUUAUCGGUUGCACCUUUGGAGGUUUCUUGUAUGACACUCUGAUUUAUACCGGCGAGUCGCCGAUCAAUACACCAUGGAUGGGUUUGAAGCGAAUUGUCCGCCCAUCUCGCAAGGGUAUCAAAAAUGCGAUCACAGGACGUCCGGAAAAACAGGUCUAA